CGUGCAGGCGUUCCGCGUGGACGUGAUCCGUGAGGAGGAGGGCGCGCUGGAGUUCGACAUGGUGGGCAUCGACGCCGCCAUCGCCAACGCCUUCCGCCGCAUCCUGCUCGCUGAGGUGCCAACGAUGGCUGUAGAGAAAGUCUUUGUGUACAACAACACAUCCAUUGUGCAGGAUGAAAUUCUGGCUCAUCGCUUGGGCCUCAUCCCUAUCCGAGCUGACCCUCGACUCUUUGAAUAUAGAAACCAAGGAGAUGAAGAAGGCACAGAAAUUGAUACUCUGCAGUUCCAGCUGAAAAUAAAAUGCAGCCGAAACCCUCAGGCAGCCAAGGAAUCAUCUGAUCCUAAUGAACUAUAUUUCAAUCACAAAGUGUACAGUAAACAUAUGACAUGGGUGCCCUUGGGGAAUCAGACAGACCUCUUUCCAGAUGCUGACUUCCGACCUGUUCACGAUGACAUCCUUAUUGCACUGUUGCGACCUGGCCAGGAGAUAGAUGUGCUUAUGCACUGUGUCAAGGGUAUAGGUAAAGAUCAUGCCAAGUUUUCUCCUGUGGCCACAGCUAGUUAUCGACUGCUUCCUGACAUUACUCUCCUGCAGCCUAUUGAGGAUGAGGCAGCUGAGUUGUUGCAGAAGUGCUUUUCCCCUGGAGUCAUUGAGAUCCAGAAUAUCAAGGGAAAAAAGGUGGCAAGAGUAGCCAAUGCACGGCUGGACACAUUCAGCAGAGAAGUUUUCCGUCAUGACGGUCUGAAAAACCUUGUUCGCCUGGCGAGAGUACGAAACCAUUACAUCUUUUCAGUGGAGUCGACGGGUAUCUUACCUCCAGAUGUGCUGGUGAGCGAAGCCAUCAAGAUCCUGAUGGGAAAGUGUCAGCGCUUCCUGAAUGAGCUGGACUCUGUGCCUAUGGAGUGACCAGGCUGUAGCUGGGAAGCAUAUCCCUGCACUGCUGUUCUGGGCUUCCCGCACCUGCCUGCAGGGGUGAUUCCUCUUCCAUAGACAAGAGGUUUGAGAUGGGCUUGUUAAGAGUCCUAGGACCAUCUCUUGGAAUUUUUUUCCGUUGGUAAUGAGCCUCAGUGAGGAGAUGCACUAAAAUAAAGACUUUUCUUUAC